AUGGAAGCUAUCGCUGCACUCAGUCUUGCAUGCAACGUCAUUCAAGUCAGUGAUUCGUCUUGGAAGGCAGGAGAGACUUGCAGCCACUUUUCCAAACAUGGGACGACCAUUGAUAUCAAGGACUUGAGCUACACGAGUGAGCAACUAGCUUAAACCACUGUUGCCCUCGACAAGCCCUAGUCCGCUCCGGCCGGAACAAGACCAUCCAAAAGCGAUGUCGAGCUGGUCGAAUGGGCAAAAAGGUGCACGAUACAGCAGUGUCUCUAAACAAGGAGCUUAGCUCUCUCAAAAGUCUUUCUGGAGCUGGUCGGAGAGCUGCGCUUGUCAACACACUGGCUUUGAAAUGGCGGCCUUCUCGUAUCGAAGUGUACACCAUGACUUUGAACAAAUGGAAAUCCACUACUAAUUGUUCCUUGACAGUGAGAAAGUGAGUGUCACCGUCCGCAACCAGGGAGAAAUCCUGAAGUCGUUGGAUGGUAGACAUGAAAAGAUCGCUCUGAAAAUCGUACAGGGUACUACGACCGUGGAGCUGCUUGUGUCUUUGGUGGGUGACCAGACAAGAGCUCACGUCACAAGUGGCAUUGACCACUUCGACAAGAUGAUCGAUAAGUUCGUGGGUAUUCAACAUGAACAGGUUGGAUUUAAUAAGUUUCUAGAAAGCCUCCAUUUCCCGGAGAUGAAAUUGAGACAAAACAAGAGUGAGCAAGCUCAUGAGAAGCUUCACCUUUGAAUGGAUAUUCGAGAGAUGUGUGGACGCAACUCAACAUUGGCAUAGUUUUCCCGAUUGGUUACAGAAGGACCAGCCGCUCUACUGGAUAUUGGGAAAGCCAGGCUCAGGCAAAUCUACCUGGAUGAAUUUUCUCGUGCAUGACAGCAGGACUCUGGAAGAACUGGAAUCUUCAGGACGACCAACGAAUGUACUGGCUUUCUCCUUCUGGGAAGCUGGUUUUGAACUGCAGAAAAGCCGAAUCGGUCUUUUACGCUCAUUGAUAUACCAACUCCUCAAAGCAAUCGAUCCCCGUAAGGCACUCCAGGUCUGGUCUGAUGUUGUUCAACCACAUAUCGCACCCCUGCCGAGUAUAUGGACCGGCAAGCAACUACUUCGCCUCCUACAACUAAUUGCAAAAGCCGUCGAUCAACGUUUCUGUAUUUUCCUCGACGGUCUUGAUGAAUUUCAAGAUGACGUGGACGCAUCCGAGGCUCUAAGGGCUCUACAGGAUGUGUUCAAGAAUCAAAGCCGUAUAAAGAUGUGCAUAGGACGGAUGAGGAAAUUCGCAAAAUUCCCGGCCUGGGGA